GAGCAGCAGUGCGAAUGGUGGUAAUACUGAUCGUACUGCCAGGAACAUGCCACCAGCAUUCACAACCUUGGCCGCAACCGCAGCCACAACCCCCGCCGCCAACCACAUCCCGCCAUCACCCGCAAACCAAACAACCACCCCCAUCACCCACUGACCCCGGUGGCUAUCACUAUCAGGUCCGGCUCGGUAGUGCCCGCAAGGGCACGGUAUCGACACCUCCCUCCACCUACCACCGUACUCGCCGUCCACCACCGGCACCGGAACGUUCCGGGUCGGGUGUACGCACUCGGACCACCCACGCCGGUUCCACAUCCCGGAGAAAGGCAGCACAACAGGGUGGCGGCGGUGGUGGUAGGGCACGCGGGAACCGCCCCGUACCACGCCCCGACGAGCUUAUCGAUGCGAACAACAACCAUCCAGCGACACCGGACGGUCACGAACCGUCCGGGUUGCGCUACCUGUCACGAGUAAUCAUUUCCGAUGACUUUUCACAGGUGGAAGUGAAGACGGCGGCGGACAGUGCCGAGGUCGAGGCAGUCAAUCGUGAAGAGGAAAUCAUUAAGAAGCGGAAAACGGAGCUAACGACGACGCGCCAAAUAGAGACGCGCGUGAAGCGGCAGCUACUGUUUGAGGAUGGCAAGGUGGUGGAAGAUUCUGGUCCGAUCGUGUCGACCAACACGACCGAGGACACGGACAAACAGGAAACGGUACAAACGGAGCACCGUACACUGGGCGAUCCGGCGGAGGAGCAAGCGGGCGAGCCCGGCAACCGGCUGGCCGGUGCUGGCGACGGUGAGGUUAGCGGUGACGCCACCCAGCAACAGCAGCAACCCACCCUGCCCGUUGAUAGUGUAAGUAGCAUCGCACCAAAGACGACGACGACCGGUGGCACCAUCGUGGCCCGGCCACCCGACGGCCUGCUGCGCAACAUCAAGGAGGAGGUGGUGGUGUCGCGGGAAGAAACCAAGCAACGUACCGAGGUGACCGAGCAGAAGCAUUUUGGCGAUUUUACCGACGACGCGUACCUGCGUGCAAUCAACAGCGGAGUCGACGAUAUACGGGAGCUGUUACUGUCCGAAAAGGCGCGGUCCGAGCUAACGCCAACCGGACCACAACUGGUGCAGCAAUCGAUCAGCUCACGGAAGGUAAUCGACAGUGAGGAUACGGAUAUCCGACAGCUCGCGAAACCGGACGGUACGCUGGUGACGGAGAAGGAACAGACGCGCCAACACGAGGAGCUGUUCGACGACGAGCUACCAGAGACGGAUGAGCAGCGUAUACUACUCUCCGGCUACGAUCAGGUCGACAGUGGUGAGCGAAUUAUCGAUCAGAAGUCUUCCGCCCAGCGAUACUUCAAACAGCGUGACGAACAGCAUGUGAAUCUAAUCGGCCCGAACGGUGAGGUAAUCGGACACGAGAUGCGCUACGCAGCAGAACAAACGCAGAUGGAUAAGGAUGGCGGUUGCGUUGGUGGACGUGUUGGCGGGCCGGGUGAUACCAGUGGAGGUUUGCUCUCCGACUGGGACAGUCUAUCCGAUCGAUUGCGUAAAGCUCGCCGGUUAGGGCGACAUCCCAAAGAUCUAGCAGUUGUAGGUCAACCGACCAACAAUUUGCCGGGUGUUGUGCCAGUGCUAAACGAUCGGCUCGAUGCGCUCACUAAGAAGCCGCUAGAUUUCGACAAGGAAGAGGAAACACGCAAGCAAGAAACGAGCAAAUGGCUCGAGUCACACUUUGGCAGUGAGUCUCGCUCGUCACGCGAUUCUCGCGAAGAUCUGGACGAACUGGUUGAACCAACGAAACGCACCUACUUCAACGUAACGAUCAAGUCGGGUGAUACUAUGGGAGGUGCUACGGUAGAACCGAAUGGUACGCCGGCCGGUGGUCCAUUUCGAGCAGGCGAACGAGGUGUGCCGCCGGCAUCCAAGUUUUAUCAGGGCGUUUCGGAAUGGACUUCGGACAGGAACGUUAGACGAGGUUUAACAAGCUCGCGAGAGGAUCUUCUGCUGGAGGGUUCAAGUCACGAUGCAGGCUAUCGAUCCGGAGACCGGCAUAGGUCCGGUAGUGAGGAUGCACGUCCAGUGCAAAGGCAGGUGUCUUCCGUACAACCGGCUCGUCACGAAGAUCCCGGUGUACCGAUGCACGCAUCUGCUUACCUAACUGCCCCGCGUCCGAAAACGAACGGUGAGCGUAACUUUAACGCGCGGUACGGUCGUUCCGUGUCACCGGAUCGGCACUCGAUUGGCCAACCAAUGCUGGACGGUCGUCCAACUGUUCCACAGCGACGCAAAGUUCUCGAACGGCGCCAGGUUGCCGUACAGCAGCAGCAGCAACAGCAGCAGCAGCUACACCCGGUUGCUGGCAAACCUGCCCCAGUGAUUGUACAUGGAUAUGCUCCGCGUAGUCGCUCCGUGUCCCCGAUCCAGAUACCACCGGUGGUAACCACACUGCGCAAACCGUACCAGAAGACACGCUUCAGCAGUAUCCAGGAUCUAAGUCACGCGGGUGGACCGCACAAGCAGCAGCAGCAGGCGCCUCCGCUGCAACGUGCAGCAAGCCGAGCACAGAGUACACCACCGAAGGCGAACCGUGUCGGGUCUGCUAUCGGUAACUCUAUCCGCAAGCUGAUGGGAAAGAUCCGUUCCGCCAGUGCUGAACGGAAGCUCAAGCUCAAAAGUAACACGAAACAACAGCAACGAUCCCAAUCGCCGACACCGUCAGCAUUGGCCGGUGGGCAGCACAAGCGACAGUCCGCCACCUACCAGCAAUACAACGUGAUCGACGGGCAUAUCAGCAGUAGUGGCGGUUCCCCACUGCUCAAUCAUCAUCACACGCAACAUCAUCAGCAUCACACCAGUCAGUACGUGGGCGACGAUCAGCGCAUUCUAAGCCAGUCACAGUCACCAUUAGCUGCCAGUCACAAACCGAACGGUGCCGAACCCAGACGCGAAUCGGAUCGCACGCGCGACCGUAUCUACACGGAACGCCGUGGCUCGUCCGACAUACUGUCAGAUAUGACUUUCGGCAGUAGUGGACCGACGCCCCGCCAGAAGUACUACCUAGGCGAGAAUCCGUACGGUGGCAGUAUUUUCGGGAAGGAGAACAAAUACAAUCCAGCAGCGGCAACAGCAGCCGCAUCUACAGGACGAGAUCGUCGCGAGGAACGCGUUUACACCUCCUCCCAUACACGGUCUUUCAGUCAACCGCCCCAGACCAAUCUGCAUACGUUGGGUCGAUUUAGCAAGAGUACCAAUCGACUCCCAACGACACCGGGCGCCGGAAUGCACUACGAGCACGAGCCAGAUGUCCAGUAUCAUCCCGGUGGUGGCUCCGGGUACGGUGUCACCAGCUCCCAUACCCUACCUCGUAACGAUCAGCUGCGCCGGUUGCAGCGCUCGAAACCACUACACUCAUCCACCAUCAACGUAUCGAUUGUCAACACGGUUAACACAGGCAGUCCGAAACCGCUGGCCAACACGGGACCGGUAAAGCCGGCCCGGACAUACAAGGCGCUUAACCGGAGCAAAUCGUUCAACGUGCACGGGCUAAACGGUACGAACGAUCCGAGUCCAAUCUACCUGGAGAAGCUUAGCCGUGGUCCACCAGCACCAACUACUACUGGUGGCAGUGGUCCCGGUGGCUUCUACCGCUCCAACUCACACCUUGACCACUAUGCACCAUCCAAGGAAUCACCGCUGCAGCUGAAAAGCCCGUCGAUCGUCAAUCUCGUGAGCCGGAGCACGCGCGACCUUACCCAAAACGGUGCCGAUUACUAUCCGGACCGUACCAGCCCGGACGGUCCAACACUGGACAAAAAGAAUGUGUUUCUGCGCAAUUUGCAAAACCGUGCGCCGGAACUGUACCGCACACUGCACGGUGGUGCGGAUACGCCGACAUCACGCGAUUACCUUAACUCGUACAUUACGCGCGAGCAGGAACAAACGCUCGGUACCCGGUCACCGGUAACGCUGAACAAAGACACGGCCAGCAUUGUGCGGCGUGGGAGCUCGAGUACGGACGAUUAUCCGGACGCUUACCGGUUUCCGGCGGUACACCGGCACAAUGCCACCAACGAGCAUCAUCCGGCCAGCACGCAGCCUCGAACGAAACACUACUACAAACACACAUCCGGACAGCCGGCGGCACGCAUCGAAGGGAUGGCGAUCGGUGCUGCUGGCCGGUACCGGACAGAUACUGACCUGAAAUAUCAGGAUAUGUCCGGUGGUGGAGCGGGAGUGGGCACCGGUGUCGGUGGAGUUGUCAUUGAGCUGCGCAGCAAUACCUAA